UUGGUAUUCAGGAUACUCAACAAGGGACAGCAAUUUCGUGAUGAUGAAGACGGCUUGCCAUCGGGCGGACAAAAUGCAGUGGUGGACGAGGGCUCCAAUGUCUACUGCUAUGACCAGACGUCGGAUGGUAUGCAGGUUCACGCUAAUAAAAUCUUGCAGGUCCACGAUUUCAACUGGACUCGAGCUGAACUGAGCGUCAUGGAGAGCUCGUUUUUCUACGGUUAUCUCAUUACACAAAUCCCUGCCGGAUUCCUUGCUGCCAAAUAUCCUCCCAACAAAUUGUUCGGGAUCGCUAUAGGUGUUGCUUCAUUUCUCAAUAUUCUGUUACCAUACGGUUUCAAAUCGAAGAGUGAUACCCUUGUGGCAAUCAUUCAGAUUCUUCAAGGGCUCGUUCAGGGUGUUGCAUACCCGUCGAUGCAUGGUGUAUGGCGCUAUUGGGCUCCGCCACUAGAGCGUUCCAAAUUGGCCACUACUGCCUUCACCGGUUCCUAUGCUGGAGCAGUGCUUGGGUUACCAUCUCUUACGUGGGAUGGAGUGCCACCAUUCUACCUCUACGGUUUCGCUGGUGUUGUUUGGUCUGUAUUCUGGUUUUCACUCACCUUUGAAAAACCCGCUUUCCAUCCAACGAUCAGUCAGGAUGAAAAGAAAUACAUAGAAGACGCUAUUGGACAUGUUUCCGCCAGCCAUCCUACAAUCCGCUCUAUACCAUGGAAGGCUAUUGUGACAUCGAAACCGGUGUGGGCAAUUAUAGUGGCGAAUUUUGCUAGGAGUUGGACGUUCUAUCUACUUCUUCAGAAUCAACUGACGUAUAUGAAAGAGGCACUCGACAUGAACAUCAGUGAUUCCGGAAUGCUUGCCGCAUUGCCACAUGCCGUUAUGGGCAUCGUCGUUCUGUUCGGCGGACAACUUGCUGAUUAUCUGCGCUCAAACAAGAUUCUGUCCACGACUGCUGUACGGAAAAUUUUCAAUUGUGGAGGUUAG